AUGAGUUUCCUGUUCCCAUCUCCCUCUGGCCUGUCCUUCCCUCUGGCCUGUCCUUCCCUCUGGCCUGUCCUUCCCUCUGGCCUGUCCUUCCCUCUGGCCUGUCCUUGCCUCUGGCCUGUCCUUGCCUCUGGCCUGUCCUUCCCUCUGGCCUGUCCUUCCCUCAUGGCGGCCGCUCAGACUCAGAGCCCCAUGAGCCUGAGCUGCUGCUGUGUCGAUCCAAAUAAGAGCCCGAAGGUUGUGAAAACCGAGAUCGGCGAGGCGGUGGAGGGACUGGAGCAGAUCCCAGAGGAGGCUGGAGAGGACACGCAUCAGGCCAACGUCAACUCAGACGAAGACAUCGAGGGUGAGAAACCACUGGAGGAAUCCCGCAGUAAAAAGCUGCAGCGUUCCACAAAGCAGCAAGUGGAGAACAUCAAGGGCCAGCUGGAGAAGACCAAACUCAAGACCAAGGAGAACCUGGAGAAGACCCGCCAAAAGACCCGCGACAAUUUCGAGAAAACAAAGCACACCCUGGAGAAAAAAAUCACCAAAAUCGGCACUCGCAUGACGCCCAACAUGGAGCGCCGGGCCAAGAUGAAGAGCUCCAAGGACAAGCUGAAGAAAUCCCUCACCCCGGACCACCCCAUCAAAGCCCGCUCCAGAAACACCGUCUACCGCGUCCCGCCGUUCACCUUCCACGUCAAGAAGAUCCGCGACGGCCAGACGGAGGAGGAGGCGGAGGUGGGAGAGAACCAGACGGAGAUGGUGGAGGUCCCCAUUACCGACGAGAAUGGAUUCCGCCCAGAGGAAGAGGAAGAGGAGGAGGAGCUAGUGCACCUGGACACUCCCGACAUGGUGGAGGCGUUGCUGGAGGUGACGGAGGUGGUGACGGUGGAACCAGGGCACCACAAGAAGUGA